CUCCGCCCCGAGCACAACCAACAACUCCACCCCAAUGGGUGCCACAACCCACAGCUCCACUCCCACCUCAACCCCCAGUUCCACCCCCACCAUGACCGACAAUUCCACUCCCACAUCAACGCCCAGCUCCACCCCAACCAGAACCAACAACUCCACCCCAACUGGUGCCACAACGACUAGCUCCACACCCACCACGACCCCCAACUCCGCUGCAAUCAUGAAUCCCAGCUCCACCCCCACCACAACCGACAACUCCACUCCCACCUCAACCCCCAGCUCCACUCCCACCACAACCGACAACUCCACUCCCACCUCAAUCACCAGCUCCACCCCCACCAUGUCCGACAAUUCCACUCCCACCUUAAAUACCAGCUCCACUCCCACAACCCCCAGCUCCACUCCCACCAUGACUGACAACUCCACUCCUACCUCCACCCCCACCACGACCGACAACUCCACUCCCACCCCAACCCCCAGCUCCACCCCCACCAUGAGCAACAAUUCUACUCCCACCUUAACACCCACCUCUACCCCAACCACUACUGACAACUCCACUCCCAACUCAACCCCCAGUUCCACUCCCACCACCACUGACAAUUCCACUCCCACCUCAAACCCCAGCUCCACUCCCACCAUGACCGACAACUCCACUCCCACCUCCACCCCCAGUUCAACUCCCACCACAAUCGUCAACUCCACUCCCACCUCAACCCCCAGCUCCACCCCCACCAUGACCGACAACUCCACUCCCACCUCAACUGCCACCUCCGACCCGACAAUGACUGACAACUCCACUCCCACCUCAACCCCCAACUCCACCCCCACCAUGACCAAGAACUCCACCCCCACCUCAACCCCCAGCUCCACUCCCACCACGACUGACAAAUCCACACCCACCUCAACCCCAAGUUCCACUCCCACCACGACCGACAAUUCCACUCCCACCUCAAACCCCAGCUCCACUCCCACCAUGACCAACAACUCCAUUCCCACCUCAACUCCCAGCUCCGCCCCGAGCACAACCAACAACUCCACCCCAAUGGGUGCCAUAACCCCCAGCUCCACUCCCACCUCAACCCCCAGUUCCACCCCCACCAUGACCGACAAUUCCACUCCCACAUCAACGCCCAGCUCCACCCCAACCACAACCAACAACUCCACCCCAACUGGUGCCGCAACCACUAGCUCCACACCCACCACGACCCCCAACACCGCUGCAUUCCACCCCCACCAUGACCGACAAUUCCACUCCCACAUCAACGCCCAGCUCCACCCCAACCAGAACCAACAACUCCACCCCAACUGGUGCCACAACGACUAG